ACUGGAGCGAAGGCUGUUGUUGAUAUGAGAGUAGCUAGUUUGAUAUGACUAGAGUAGGCAGUGUACAGUAACACUGAAAAAAGAAAAGUUGAAAUUACAAACAGUAAAAAAUGAAAACCCUAAGCCUGCUUUGUGUGUUUGCGCUGGUGUACAUUGCGGCUGGUGGAGAACUUCCUAACCUUUCCCAGCGUGCAUCAUCUCCUCUGCAUGCUGCCAUAAGCAAGUCAAGAAAACUGUUUCCGGUGCAAGCGUCCGGCUUAGAUACCAGAUCGGGAGCCGUAACCGACAUCGCACAGAUUCUGCAAAAUAACGCUGAAAGCAUCUUGCAGUUUCUCCAGCAGACUGCCGCAUUAUCACAACAAUAUGCUGAAUAUAUUUACACAGUCGUCCAACAUGCGCUGAUCGCCUUGCAAGGUCUGGGCGACAAUAUUUUCCAAUAUGGAGAAGCAAUCCUCCAGCAGUUACUAACCACUUUGUCCAAUUCGAAAGUGAGCCGAGAUGGCAGCGCACGAAUUCCAUGGUUGAUUCAGCUAGUCAUCAAUGCGCUGACGUCAUCCGCGCAGUUCCAGGGACUUGUAGCACAAGAUCCCGUCGUGCAGUGCAUCGAGGUGCACGGCAUUGAGUGCAACACCGCCCUGGUCAUCGGUCUGAUGGAGAACAAUCAAGCACUGGACUUCCUGUAUCUGCCCAUGGUGCAGGACUGCUUGACGGCCAACGGUGGCAUGCAGAAUUACGUCCAGACGUCGCCGGUUGUUGGAUGGGCGUGGACCAUUGCCGGCCAACUCAGCGCCACGGAAGCGGUGACACAGGCGGUUCUGGAGCAUUUGGGUCAUGACCUUGGCAGCCAGGUUAACCAGUGGUUACUCAGUCGCCCGAAAACCCGCUUUGUUGAUCUUCUGGAUAUCCCGAUCCAUCUGAUCGACACCAAGACCGCUCUGUUACCGGCUAUUGCCAGUCAGUUUGCACAGGUGGAAACCGUCAUUCAAAACUUUAUUCACGAAACGAUUGGCCAGCUCAACGACGUCCUACAUUUGGUGGUGGAUGAAUUUGUGGAGUUUUUAAAACCACUGCAGCAGUAUUUCCCCACACUCAUCCAGCAGAUCACUACCCAACUGAAUACCUUAUUUUCUGGACAACUUGACUCGAAGUUGAAAAACAAGAAGCACUAGCUAGGAUUCGAAAUUCUUCUAACACUCUGAUUAUUGCAAUACAUUUGAUGAAUCGAAUACGUACUGGGUUUUGUGAUCGAAGGUCACUUGACUAGUUGGACUGAAAUAUACACCAUAUGUCACAAAACUGGAAAAUCUGAUGCCCUUUGUUAUGUGACUAUUGUGAAUUUGUUUUAUUGUGCGAGUAUGGCCUUGGUUAACGGCUAAAACCACGCCUGACAAGAAAUCUGGGGCCAGAUAAAUCUAUGUUUGUAGUAA